CCAGCGCUCGAGGAGUGGGAGGUCCCGCCUCCUGAUCGCCGCGCACCACUCGCAGACGCUGCCGGUAGCUGGGACUGGACACAUUCGCAGCUGCUCUCUUCGCCUCGUCCCCUCCCCGCUUCAUCCUCGGUCCCCCGACCCGCAGGCCGUUGCGGGCCGCGGAGCCCAUGAGGGCGUGGAUCCCGCCGCCGCUUCUGCGGCGUCGCGGUUGUCGCAUAGUUCCCCUAGGCGGCGCGGGCAGGGCCGCAGCAUGAGCGCAGAGCCGGAGGAGAAGGCGGCAUUGGAGCCCGAGGCCGGAGCCAUGCCAGAGAAGCGCGCGGGCUCGCAGGCCGCGGGCGGCAGCUCGCUACAAGGCUUUAGCCGACCAAGUGUAUACCAUGCUGCUGUUGUCAUUUUCCUUGAAUUCUUUGCGUGGGGCCUAUUGACAACUCCAAUGUUAACUGUUCUACAUGAAACGUUUCCUCAACACACAUUCCUCAUGAAUGGUCUCAUUCAAGGUGUAAAGGGCCUGCUCUCUUUCCUGAGUGCCCCGCUCAUAGGUGCUCUGUCUGAUGUGUGGGGGAGGAAGCCAUUUCUCCUCUGCACUGUCUUUUUUACCUGCUUCCCAAUUCCACUGAUGAGGAUCAGCCCAUGGUGGUAUUUCGCAAUGAUUUCCGUGUCUGGAGUCUUCUCAGUCACAUUCUCUGUGAUAUUUGCCUAUGUAGCUGAUGUCACUCAGGAGCACGAGCGAAGUACUGCUUAUGGAUGGGUCUCAGCCACCUUUGCAGCCAGUCUGGUCAGCAGCCCAGCCAUUGGAGCAUACCUCUCAGCCAAUUAUGGAGACAACCUCGUUGUGCUGGUGGCCACAGUGGUGGCUCUUCUGGACAUCUGCUUCAUCUUAUUGGCUGUUCCAGAAUCUUUCCCAGAGAAAAUGAGACCACUCUCCUGGGGAGUUCAGAUAUCUUGGAAACAAGCAGACCCUUUUGCGUCACUGAAGAAAGUUGGAAAAGAUUCUACUGUCUUACUAAUCUGCAUCACCGUGUUUCUUUCUUACCUUCCUGAAGCUGGACAGUAUUCAAGUUUUUUUCUCUAUCUCAGGCAGGUCAUAGGUUUUGGAUCUGUUAAAAUUGCAGCAUUCAUAGCUAUGGUAGGAAUUCUGUCUAUUGUGGCUCAGACAGUCUUUCUUACCAUCUUGAUGAGGUCAUUAGGGAAUAAGAAUACCGUCCUCCUUGGCUUGAGUUUCCAGAUGUUCCAGUUAGCCUGGUAUGGUUUUGGAUCUCAGGCCUGGAUGAUGUGGGCAGCAGGGACCGUGGCUGCCAUGUCCAGCAUCACAUUUCCAGCAGUCAGUGCCCUCGUCUCUCAGAAUGCAGAGUCAGAUCAGCAAGGUGUUGCCCAGGGGAUCAUAACUGGAAUAAGAGGACUGUGUAAUGGCCUGGGGCCAGCACUAUAUGGCUUCAUAUUCUACAUGUUUCACGUGGAACUGACUGAGUUGGAACCAGAAUUGAAUUCUAACUAUGCUGCCCUGCAGGGAGCUGUCAUCCCAGGCCCACCAUUUUUAUUUGGGGCAUGUAUAGUUCUUAUGUCUUUUCUAGUUGCCUUAUUCAUCCCUGAAUACAAUAAAGGCGGCGGAAUUCAAAAACAUAGCAGCAACCUGACCAACACCCCAGAACGGGGUAGCAAUGAGGACAUUGAGCCACUGUUACAAGACAGUAGCAUCUGGGAGCUCUCUUCCUUCGAGGAUCCUGGGAAUCAGUGCACUGAGCUAUAAACUAGGUAGAAAAGGAGAUUCUGCACACAUCGUCUCUGAAAAUCAUUGGAGAGCCAUACCACAUGGAAACUUCAUGGUGCUGGAGGUGAGACGCUAGUGGCAUCCUUCAGGGCCAAAUUUGAUAAGCGACCCUCUGCCUCUCUCCUCUUCCUCCUCCUGUUUCUUUUCUUCAUUUCUUUUCCAUUUGUACAUUAGAACAAGUUAAUAUUUGAAAUACAUUCCUGCAAAUAGUGUGCAAAUCUCAAAGUUAUCUGGAGUCCAAACUUUGAAACUCAAAUAGAAAAAAUCGUAUCUCUGCUAGAAAGGAUGGCUUUCCUUUAAUGCCUCUACAGUACGAGUGACAGCAGUCUUUCCAUGUCCUUUUCAGUAGAAGGUGUAGGAUUCGAGAUAAAGAAUCCUUUCUUGUUUUCUUUCUUCCUGUUUUCUCUGAAAAGUGCCCAUCUAGCCCAUAAGUGUUGAUGAGUGGCUGCUCCAAGAGUCACUCAGUAUCAGGGAUCUAUUGCCUUCAUUCAAAAGUCAAACAAAAACCUAGUCUUUUUCUUCUUUCCUUGUCUCUACUUAAUAUUUUCGGCUAGAAUGAAAUUCAGCAUAUACACCUCUGGAUGUUAAAUCAGUGAUAACCUUUACCAUUGAAGGAAAUUUUUUAUAUAAAUGUAAAUCAUGAAGAACUAGCAAUUCAGAUUCCUGGACCCUAGUGUCUUGGUUAAAUCCAAGGUGAUUUUAUAAAAGAAAACACACAUAAAGCAUUUUGGUAGCAACAUAGAAAUUGGAGGGUGCAUCUAAGAAAGUUUUCAACAAUAUAAACAUUCCUAAGGGAGGAUGAGGGUUAGUAACUGGAUACCAAUAGAGUUUAUAUCUAAGUUCAGACUCAUAUAAUGCAUUAUUACUAUUUGUUCUUUCCCAUAUCUCCUUUGUCCUACUUCUCAGUUUUUCUCAUUCAUCAUACUUCUGCCUUAACUGCUUUGUGUAGUAUGUAUUUGUUUUCAGUAGAUCUUUAUUUCUAUUUAUCCAGCUGAUGAAUCUCAUGGGACUAUGCACAUCAGAUUCUUUUCUAAAAUAUGAUGGUUUGGGUGAACUCAGUUUCAUAAGUGUCUUGCUAGUUUUUUGAGAUGUUUUAUGGACAAAGAAAAUUUUACAGAUUUAUAUGUAUUUUGCUGCACUGGUAAAUGAAUCAUUAACUGGGGCCUACUUUUAACAGAGCACUUCUUUGAAAGUUUUAUAGAUAUGAAAUAUAUGUAGAGAUUUGUAAGGAGUUUUAAUUUUUUUUGAUGGAGUGCUGUGUAAAUCUUGUAUUUAUAAAUGUAAUGAAAGUAUUGACAGAAAAAUAUAUACAACUUUUAUAAAAGAUUAUGUACUGAUUAAAUACAUUUAAAAGAAGAUAUAUUUUGAAACCUGUUCUGCUAUGAAGAGAAAUAACAUAUCUUUUUACUACGCUGUUGGUUUUUAAGUUAAGCUUCCUAAUCAUAAUAAAUUUACAAUGGUUACUUUUA